GAGAGAGAGGGAGGGAGGGUGAAUGAGAGACUAUGUGGAGGAGUGGUGCCAGUGGCCUAGAUGUGUGAGACGCCAGGCCUGGGGUUGCUUUUUUUGGUUGACUGAUUACUAGGCUACCAGAGGCAACCCAAUAGUAGACCAAAUGUUCUGAGGCACAGAAAAGUUUUGAACCCCAUAAUUUGGCAGUUAUUAAAAAAAUAAUAUGCAUACUUAUAGAAUGUUUGUUUUGGAGGAAAGCAUCACUGACCAAUAUUUAGCUGCCAGUUGCGCACAGUGAACAUGCGAUAUCAUGGGAAUCACAGGUGAAACAUGUAGACGAAGACGCUGAACACAGAGACUAAAUCUAUUAUUUCCCCGGACGGUCAGCCCUGUAUUCCGCUUGACUGGUGAGUGAUGGCCUUGGAGGCGGACAGCGACAGAGGUUCAUCAAGAAGCGCUCAUGAAAAAUAUCCCAGGGCAGCGUUGGAGCGCAACUGCUACGUGAAGACAUGUGUCACCCCGUUGCACCAGGACGCAGGGAGCCAGUCGUGGUUGAGACUCGCCGUGACAUGGACUUGCCGAGGAGUGUCGUCUGCGCUCUGCUUUGCCUCCGUCUCCGUUAUUCUCGCUCUGUUGCUCAGAUUGGUCGACUGGGAUGCUGGCAGCAGCAGCAGCAGCAGCAGCAACGAAAAUAGCAGCGGCUCCGUCUCUCGUCUUCAUUUCGCUGCUGGCUGCGCUCUGGAACUGCUUUUAACGGUGGGUUACUGCGUCGCCCCCGUUUUUACACUCGUAUGUGCCUUCUUCUGGGUCGGACUGUAUCUAAUUCGCUGCGGAGUACUCAUCCGCACCGCGGUGUUUUUGUUAGCGGUGUGCCAUUUGGGCGAAGCGGCGGCGCAGUCCCUCUUGCGCGGCGCCGAGGAGCAGUUGCUGUCCCUCCCCGCAACCCUGGUAGUCCUCGGCUGCCUGGGCAGCGGGGCUCUUCUGGUCGUCCGGCUGCGUCAGGGAGUGUCCAUCCUCGUCUUCAUUAGCGUCAUUAGGACCAUCUCCCUCCUCUCUCUGGGCAGAUUCCGGGCCAGCUGGAGACCCUACCUGGCCUACCUGCUGGGGCUGCUGGGGGUUUUGCUUGCGAGGUAUGCUGACCGGCUCCUGCCGGCCCCAGGGACCAGCGGGACGGGGUGCUGUGGCUCUGUGACCGGGGCGAAGGAGGAGGACAUCCCUGUCUUCAAAAGGAGACGGAGGUCCAGCUCCAUAGCGGCCUCGGAAAUGAUGGCUCACGGUCAGAGCAACAGCAAGUGCCACCGCAGGACUUCGCUGCCUUGCAUUCCGCGGGACCAGUCUUCAGGCACCAGUGUGGUCGUUGACAUCGCGGUGAUGGGUGAAGCUCACGGGCUGAUCUCAGACCUCCUGGCAGACCCCUCGCUGCCCCCCAACACCUGCAGCUCUCUGAAGGCUGUCAGCAACCUCCUCAGCACCCAGAUCAGCCUCCAGCCGCUCCACCGUCCUCGCAUCCCUGCAGACACUCAUGCCUGCUCUGACUCCGAGGAGGGACCCGAAAAAACAGAGAGACUGGCCCUUCCAAAGCGUUUGAGACGGAGUCUGCCCCCAGGAUUGCUUCGGAGAAUCUCUUCAACUUGGACCACGACCACCUCAGCUACGGGGUUGCCUACCAUCGAGCCAGGCCCUGUACGCCGAGACCGCUCAGCCAGCAUUAAACACACCACAGACAGUGAAUCCUGUAACAACUCAGUGAUGAUGACCAUCUCAAAGAGUCGCUCAAUGUCUGCCUCCUAUGCUGCCUCUGUCACCUCCAACUGUCUCUACAGCAAACCACUGGGAAGACCAGGUUUCCCCCCCUCCAACGUAUCACCUCUGGGCUCUCCAUGCUCAUCUCCUCCAGUCCAGGGCACACCUGCGUCAAGCCCUACCAUCAAGACAUGUUCAGUGCAGCUUCCUGAGCCGGUUGGGCCCCUGACAGAGCGGACCUCUGGCUCUGUGGCCCCCAAGAGCCACCACAGAGCCUUAACCCACAGCAUGAGCGCUCCGAGCUCCACCACCCCGCACUGGCGGCCUCCGUCACUCUGCGGCAGCUGUGGUAGGCCGUUCAACAAUCAACUAAACAACGGGGUAGAAUCUGUCAACAAAGGGGACAGAAUACCCCAUCCAGAUGAGCGUGCCGUAGCUUCUUCAGACUAUGACAGCACCUAUGACAGCACCUAUGAGACCAACCACAGUGACAGCAGCGACUUUGCACAGAAUGAAGAAGAGGGAGAGGGAGGCAAGAAACUGCCUGAAGCAAGCGAAGGUUGCAGGGAGUAUCUGGCACACGGCAUCGUUCUUCACCCACUCCUGCCAUCACCACAAGACAAGCCGAUCUUGGCAGAGGAGCCUCUGGUGAUGCCAGCACUGGAGCCUUUGAUGAGUCAACUCAACAACUGGAACUUUCCCAUUUUCAGUCUGGUGGAGAAGACCCAUGGCAAGACAGGCUGCAUCCUCAGUCAGGUUUCCUAUAAGCUCUUUGAGGACACAGGUCUAUUUGAGACCUUCAAAAUUCCCGUGCAAGAGUUCAUGAACUACUUCCAUGCUUUGGAGAAUGGAUACAGGGUCAUCCCUUAUCACAACCGGAUCCAUGCCACUGACGUGCUACAUGCUGUUUGGUACCUCACCACUCAGCCUGUACCAGGCCUGCCCACCCUGCUGACUGAGAAUGGGAUACACACCGAAUCAGAGAAUGGCAUUACGCCUGGCGCCACAGGCUUCCUGAUGUCCAAGAUGAACUCUGUGAUGGAGGACAGCUAUGGCUCCCUGGCUGGCCUUAUCCCCGGCCUGGAGCUCAUGGCCCUGUAUGUCGCUGCUGCCAUGCAUGACUAUGACCAUCCUGGAAGAACCAAUGCCUUUCUAGUAGCUACCAGUGCACCACAGGCUCUUCUGUACAAUGACCGCUCAGUCUUGGAAAAUCACCAUGCAGCUUCAGCGUGGAACCUCUUCAUGUCUCGACCUGAGUACAACUUCCUGGCUAAUCUUGAACAUGUGGAGUUCAAGCGCUUCCGCUUCCUCGUUAUUGAAGCAAUCCUAGCCACUGACCUCAAAAAGCACUUUGACUUCCUUGCAGAGUUUAAUGCAAAGGUGGGCGAUGACGGGGUGUCCGGUAUUGAUUGGACCAAUGAAAACGACCGAUUGCUGGUAUGCCAGAUGUGCAUCAAGCUGGCUGAUGUCAAUGGACCACUUAAGUGUAAAGAGCUGCACCUGCAGUGGACAGAAGGGAUCGUCAACGAGUUCUACGAACAAGGUGAUGAAGAAGCAAGUCUGGGCCUUCCCAUCAGCCCUUUCAUGGACCGCUCCGCUCCGCAGCUGGCUAAACUACAGGAGUCGUUCAUCACUCACAUUGUGGGACCUCUGUGCUCCUCCUUCGACUCUGCUGCUCUUAUGCCGGGACACUGGGUUGACGUAGCUGAGGGAGAGACAGAGGCAGAGGAGGCAAAGGAGGGACAAGAUACAGAAGAGGAAGAGGAGGAUACGGUGGAUGAGGACUCAUCAACAGGUUCUGGCACCUCCCAGCAACAAGAAACCAAAAAGGUGAUCAGGAGGAAAAUAUUUUGCCAGAUAACACAGCAUAUUCUGGAAAACCAUGACAUGUGGAAAAGAGUCAUCGCUGCAGAAGCUCAGGAGGAAGCUCGGAAAGAGGACUGCAUCAGCAGCCCCACCGAUCCAAUCACAGCCAUUCAUGAGGAAGAGGAGGAACAAGCAAGCAAAGAGGAAGAGUCGACUGAAUGCCUUGAUGAAAGGGAAGAAGUGCCGGCUUUAGAGGAAGAAGAAAUGCUUCCACAAUCCUAGACAUCAGGGGGAAGGGAGGAGGAAUCAGAGUGAUAAUAUGAACUUUGACCUCCUCUUAAAACCAGGAAUUUGAAAGUUGUCUAAAAUGUUUUGUUUCUUUCCUAACUAAACUCUUGAUAUGGUAGCCAGCACAUCACUUUGACACAACACUGUAGAAGAUGUUUUGGGUAACAUGUGCCUAACAAAAACUGGAUUUGAGGAGAGGGAUGAUGCAUGCCCGGUUCAUCUGACAAGGGAAGAGAGGUGGGAUGAGCAAAAGAGCGAGUGGCUGAGGAGUAGAAGAAGAAAAAGAGAAUGAUUGGGACUGUACUUGUUUUAGCUGUGGUGUUUGUUUUAAUCUGGAUCUGCUGCCCCGCCCUCACCCAGGCUGCCCAUCCUGCAGAACAACACUGAUUCACAGAUUCACUCCACCAGUGAGUAAUACACUGUCACGAACCCCCUCUCCAUCCCCCAACCUUCUCAUUGCUCCCAUUCUAUCCGCACACUGUGGAGCCACCCAGCUUGUUGAGGAUGUACAACAAGUCCCUUUUCCUUGAAGACAAUGGGAUGAAAGCCAGGGAAAAAGCUGCAUCCACUGAGGCUCAACCGUGUGGAUUUCAGAGGGAGAUGAAAAAAUGGGCCAGUUGUAGUACAUUGUUUGUACAGACGUAAACACACACACAAACACACACACACACACACACACACUACCCUACUGUAGAAACACAUUCCAUUCUCAAAUAGGAAGUUUCACAAAGAACCCUGUUGCUCCAAAAAGCUUUAUUCUCGCUCAAGGAAACAUUUUUAAACGUUUGUCCGCAUGUUUUCUCCCGUUCUUUUAUUACUUAAAGUCACGCUAGUAGACCCACAUGUUUCCAGGCCACACAUCUCAGGAAGGCAAAAACCCAUAGAGAAAAAGAAACAAAACGGACUUGCAGUUUCCUUGUCGUUUUAUUCGCAACUGCUUUAGGAUUUUCUUUCUCUGCUAUUUGCGAUGAUUUACUGAUUUCCACUGAGACAUUUGGUUGAUGUGCUGAUUCCUUUGCGAAUAACGAAAGAACCACAAGGGAAACAAGGUUAUUGAUCACAUGAUAUCACAAUUCUAUUGAAUUUGUCUGAUCUCUCAGUGGCAGCCUCCCAUUGGACCCUAUGACCCUGAUCACAUCCAGACUGACUUACAAGACACAAAACUAGCUAAUAAGGUAACGUGUUUUGUUAAGAAAAUAUCAUUUCCAUGCUAUGCGACUUCCCAACUUGUUUUCUUUACAGAAAUGUACGCAGUAAUGACUGAGUACAUUUGAAUUAAUGAAUGAAUAAUUAAUGCUUACCUCUUUGCAAUAUCAUGUUCAGCCUGGUAUGUAGGCCAAAUGUUUCAGAUAGUAAAGUAAACCAGUAAGCCAUAGUGGCCCAGGCCAGAGCUGUCUCACUGCUCCAAAACACCCAACGGGAUCUACGUCAAUAAUAUGAUGCACUCCUUGGGGAGCCUAUUGCCAUCCAGGGGGGUGCUGUGUACCCACAAGACACUAACUGAAAGUUAAGACCCAAAUUAUUCAUUUGUUACUUGUUGCAGAAAAGACAAAAAAAGUUAUGCAGGACAAAUACCAUUGCCCAUUUCUCAUCCAUCGAUCCAAGCUUACUU